UUUUUUUUUAAUAUUAUGUAAAAUUGGACGUGAUUUUUCUUGUUUAAGCUUCCCGGGAAAGACAGAUUUUGUUUUUCUCAUUUCUCUCUUUAAGUUUAUAUAUAUUUUUCUUGAUCUUUUAUACCCUUAAUCUUAUUCUCGAAAAGAAUCUUUUAAAUUAUGUUUCUUGAUGAUACCAAAUUAUCAUAAAAUCAUAAUUUGUAAAAAAGAUCAUAACUUUAGGCUAAUUAUUGUGUUUUGAUGACACCCUUUAAAUUAUAUAGUGUUUCUAUACAUGGUUUUUUUACUCUUGUUUUUCUUGUAUUCUGCUUUAACAAACUGACCCAUAAUUGGAACUAUACCAAUAAUGGUAACCGGGUCGGGUUGCUUAGAAACUUUGGUAUCACAACUCCACCUGAUUGUACUGGAUUGAAUCAACAUGAAGGAUAUGCAACUGAAUGUGAGUUUUUACUGGCUUACCCUGAAUGUAAUUCUGAGGGCUUUUUUAACUACUUGAGUUUUUUUUACUGUUCUUGUGAAAACAAUGCUUCAAUUGGUUACAUUGUGUUAUUUAUAUGGUUAGCUGCACUGUUUUAUCUGUUGGGGAAUACUGCUGCUGAUUAUUUCUGUUGUUCGUUGGAAAAUUUGUCGAAAUUGUUAAGAUUGUCACCAACUGUAGCAGGGGUGACCCUGCUUCCAUUAGGGAAUGGUGCCCCUGAUGUGUUUGCUAGUAUUGCUGCUUUUGCUGGUAGUGAUAAUGGUGAUGUAGGGCUAAAUAGUAUUCUUGGUGGAGCGAUUUUUGUGACUUGUGUUGUUGUUGGGACGGUAUCAGUAUGUGUGGCUAAUCAGGGUGUGAGUAUUGAUAAGAGUUGUUUUGUUAGAGAUGUAUGUGUGCUUCUGUUUUCUGUUGUGUCUCUUGGUGUUAUUUUGCUAAUUGGAGAUGUUAGUGUUGCUGGGGCGAUUGCGUUUGUUUUGAUUUAUGUUGUUUAUGCUACGUUAGUUGCUGGUAAUGAGUUAUUUAGGGGAAAACAUGGUGAUUUGAAAGUAGAUACAUGUGUUCCGUUGUUGACUGUUACUCAAAUAGAUGGUCCUGAAAGUAGAGAUCUUGAAUCUAGAGACCCGUCGUUUACUGAAUCUGAUGAUGAUGUUCCACAUCUGAGUGAAUCGUCGGUUCCUCAUUGGAUGUGGGGUACGAAUGUUGCUAUUUAUUCAGAGGUUCAUGGACACGGUCCAGAAGAUGGUAUAAAUCCUUGGGGAUGGAAAGAUGAGGUUAAUGAAAAUAAAAAUUCAUCCUUUUCAUGGUCAAAAUUGUUUUCGUGGUUAGAAUUGCCAUUAACUUUACCAAGAAGGUUGACGAUUCCCAUAGUUGAGGAAGAAAGAUGGUCAAAAGGUUAUGCAGUUGCUAGUGUCACAUUUGCACCAUUGCUUCUAGGAUUUCUUUGGAAUACCGAACAUGAUGCUGGUCUAUUAGCCGCAUUCAUCUACUUAGCUUGUGCGGUACUUGGUUGUAUGCUUGGUGGCGUUGCUUUUAUAUGUACUAGAUCAGACCAGCCACCUCAGAAGUGGUUGCUUCCAUGGGUUUUUGGAGGGUUCUGUAUGAGCAUCAUAUGGUUCUACAUGAUUGCCAACGAGCUAGUUGCACUAUUGGUGGCGUUUGGUCUCAUAAUUGGAAUCAACCCAUCAAUUCUUGGAUUAACUGUAUUGGCAUGGGGAAACUCGAUGGGUGACUUGAUGUCAAAUGUUGCAUUGGCUGUGAAUAGCAGUGAAGGCGUGCAGAUAGCCAUGUCAGGAUGCUACGCAGGGCCCAUGUUCAACACGCUUGUUGGUUUGGGGCUUUGUAUGUUAAUUGGAUCUUGGUCAAAAAGACCCGAAUCUUACAGUAUGUCUGGUGACACCGGGCUGUUUUGCAGCCUAGGGUUUCUAGUACUCGGGCUAAUGUGGUCACUGGUAAUGUUGCCUAGAAAUGGAAUGCAGCCAAGCAAGUCGUUUGGAAUAGGACUUAUGAUGAUUUAUGUGGUUUUUCUUGGAACCCAAUUAGGGAUCUCUCUUUAUUCCGGCUCACUCAACAAUGCUAACUAAGCAGACCGUCCUCUUUACAUGUCGGAUCAUUAAGAUUUGUUGAAAAAAUGUAGUAGAUAUGUUUCUAGUGUGUACAUCUUUGUAAUAUGUAUUCAUGUUACUAGUUAUAGAUAUUAUAUACAUAGCUUUCGGAUUAACUGGAAA